AUGUCCUCUCCGCCGCGCACGCCUACCCAGAGACCGGCGUCGUCCCACCGCCGACACCCCUCUAGCCUCGACAUGUCACAUUCCAGGCGCCAAUCGUUCAACCGCCCCUCUUCCAGAUCUGGCUACUCGCCCACAACACCACGCUCGUCACGCGAAUUCGAUCAUAGCAGUCCAGCGCACCACUUUGAAGGGGGCAGGGACGAUGGCGGGGGGCUGGGCAAUCUUGCAGAUGAGCUGGGUGAGUGGGGGAGCGAGGACGAAGAGAUGGGCAGCGAAUUCGAAGAGGAGCUGGAGCAGCCGCAGGAAGCUGCUAAAAGCAUUGGCACAGCUGUGGACCAUGACGGGUCGACGGGGGUUGGGAGCGCGCUGGAUCUGAGUGGUGUGAGGGAUAGUGGGGUUGCGAUGCAGAGCUCUCCCUCGACACAGUCAAGAGCAACGCUGAGUCCAGGCGCAGCAAUGAGGACGAAGAAACACAACAGGCAACGGUCGCUGUACGACGGCUCAGACUAUGGAGAGGAGUCGGAUCUAGAGAACGAGGGUAUCUCGCCAGCUCUUGAGGCGCGCAUGGCGGCUGUCGAAAGCCUGGCACGGAGGGGCAUGGAAGAGAACGGAAGCGCUUCAGACGAGGUCGUCAAGCGCGUUACAGAACACCUUCGAGAUUUAGGGAGUCAAAUCGCCGUUGAGAAUGGCGCAACACGUCUCAAAACAGCCCACGACUCACUGGCGACUCACCUAACGCACCAAUCGCGCGUGCUCACGUCUUUGACCGCAUCCUUCACCGGUCCGCGCGCCAUAAUACCGUCUCCAGACGCGAUUGAUGAGCUCCUCCCACUUGUCGAGCAAACCCUACAAUCCCUCCCCCACUCGUCCACGGACCCCAUAAUCUCGCUCUCACACCUCACCCUCUCGACGCGCGAACUACUCCAACACCUCUCCAACGUUAGCGACACAUUACACAUGUCCCGCCAGACCACCACCAACGCCGCGCGUCGAUUGCGGACCUCAAAGGAACAGUUACACGAAUGGAAACGCGAGACAGAACGCACAGCUGAGGGACGGGAGUUCAUCGAACAGGGGGACUGGGACCGGCGGCUUAGAGAGAGGGAGGCAAAGAGAGCGUGUGGGGAGGUGAUGGAGGGGUUCGAAGAGGCGUGUGGGCUGUGGAGGAAGAGGCUAUGUGAAGGGUUGGGUGUGGCUAGCCAAGACUUCCCCGUUGAUUCUCGAGAAGCGUGGCCACAAAACAACGUCUUAGCAGAACCGAGCGCACCUGCGGCUCUGAAUACGAAAGAAGUCGGCAAUCGUCCAGAGACCCCAAUGGACAAACCACCGGAGCUGAGAGAAUUCGCUCCAGCACCACCAGGCAUACGCAACUUCUCUCGCCCCUCAUCCUCAUCCUCGCGCUUCUCCAACCGAUCAUGGGUCGAAAGCGUGUCCCCCGUCUCGCCACGGCAUGUACGCAAACAAUCAGAGAAGCAGGGAAAGUCUUCCUCAGACUCCACGUUUCGAUUCUCGGAUGAUGAGAUGGCUCAGAAUUAG